UAUCUGCUUAGAAAUGACAAUCUCAUAUUUCUUCUUGUUUCUGGUUUUUGUCGUAGGCCUUGGAGAAGGCCAAAAUGGGUGUGAUGAAUUUCCGUGUGGAAGCCUUGGCCCAGCCAUUCGAUUUCCAUUCCGACUAAACAGCCAGCCGCACGACUGUGGGUAUCCUGGGUUUAAUCUAUCCUGCACUCAUAGAAACGAGACGGUGCUCCAGCUGCCCAUUUUUGUGAAAUUCUUUGUGAAAAAUAUUGACUACAAAUCUCAGGUAAUUGAAGUAUACGACCCAGAUCAUUGCUUUCCGAGACAGCUUCAUACACUCAAUUUGGCUUCCUCGCCUUUCCGAAUAUUGAAACAAGACUACCAGAAUGACUACGCCUUAUUCAAUUGUUCCUCGAAAGAAACACAAUCCUACGACUAUGCGAUCUCUUGUCUUAGUGGCCCACGCCACGAAGUUCGUGCCUUCCCUUCGUAUAAGGAUGACAUCAGCGAUUUGCCCAUUGCAUCUUGUAAAAAGAUGUAUAAUCUUCGAUCAAUUUCAUCUGGUGUAGUGUUCGGUUAUGAUAAUAAUCUGCAAUUGAUGUGGUCCGUACCAAAGUGCAGACACUGUGAAGAGAAAGGCAAGGGAUGUAGAUUGAAGAAUAAUAGCAAUGAAUCAGAAACGGAGUGCUUCACCAAACAUACAAAAGAUGUAUUAUCCAAGUUAAAGAUUACUGGUAUCAUCUUUGGUUCAUUUCUGUUAGUACUAGCGGUCUUUGCUCUCUACCGUGUCUACACCUAUGACAAAGCAGAAAAAGAAAAUCAAGCUAAGAUCAAAUUGUUUUUGGAGGAUUACAAAAAUUUCAAGCCCACCAGAUACUCGUAUGCCGAUAUUAAGAGAAUUACAAAUCAAUUUACUGAGAAAUUAGGCGAGGGAGCUUACGGAACGGUGUUCAAAGGAAAGCUUUCAAAUGAAAUCUAUGUUGCGGUGAAGAUGAUCCUAAACAAUACUACCAAAGAAAAUGGAGAAGAAUUCAUAAAUGAGGUAGGGACAAUGGGCAGAAUUCAUCAUGUUAAUGUAGUUCGCUUGGUUGGCUUCUGUGCUGAUGGAUUUCGACGAGCUUUAGUUUAUGAGUUCUUACCUUAUUCACUAGAAAAGUUCAUAUCUUCGGCGGACACUAAAACUCUUUUCCUUGGUUGGAACAAACUGCAAGACAUUGCUAUUGGCAUAGCAAAAGGAAUUGAUUAUCUUCACCAAGGGUGCGACCAACGAAUCCUUCAUUUUGAUAUCAAGCCUCAUAAUGUUUUGCUAGAUGAAAAUUUUAAUCCAAAAAUUUCUGAUUUUGGUCUUGCCAAGUUGUGCUCCAAGGAUCAAAGUGCUGUGUCCAUGACUGCUGCCAGGGGUACUAUGGGUUACAUCGCACCCGAAGUCUUCUCUAGGAACUUUGGGAAUGUUUCUUACAAAUCAGAUGUCUAUAGUUUUGGAAUUUUAUUGCUUGAAGUAGUUGGAGGAAGGAAAAAUGUUGAGAAUAAAGUGGAGAACACUAGUCAAGUUUACUUUCCAGAAUGGAUCUACAAUUUCUUGGAACAAAAAGAAGACUUACGAGUCCUCAUUGAGGAUGAUGAAGAUGCUAAAAUUGCAAAAAAACUUGCAAUUGUUGGACUUUGGUGCAUCCAAUGGCACCCAGCGAGUCGUCCUUCUAUGAAAAUUGUCACCCAAAUGUUGGAAGGAGGGAAUGAAUUAACUAUGCCUCCUAAUCCAUUUGGCUCGACAAAUCCCACAAGAAUGAAUCUAGACCAAAAGUUUGAUGUCAUCCCAGAACAAGAGUAAUGAUCAUUCAGGUUUCAAUCAUAUUGUACUCGAGGAUUAGAACUAUUAAUCUUUCCCCUUUUCCUUUCUUUUCUAUAACCUUAAAGUGAAAAUCUUUUUAGUUUUAGUCGCAGUACCACUACGUACGCACGUUUGAUGGUCAGGAUUUCUUGCAAAAGAAGAAUGUUCUAUAAAUUAAGUACACAUUAUGUACUUCUAGCAAAAAAUAUUACUAUUAUGGAUUU